AAACCACUUAGUGGGCCCACAUACGGACAAAAAGUCUACUUCUUUCUCCUACUUCAUUCUUCUCUUCUUAAACUCAAUUCCCUCUCUCUCCUAAAUUCAAGAUUUUUUUCAAGAUUUCAAAUUUUUUGCUUACCCUUUGCAAAAUAGUACCUGGUUUUGAAGUUUUUUGUGGGAAUUUGAUAAGCUUUGGAUUGAUUUGGAGGUCAUCAUAUUAGUGUUAAUUUGGUUGCUUUAAGUGUUGAAAUAUUCCUGGGAUCAGAUGUAAUACGUGUCACUACUCUGGUGCUCUGACAAAUCAAGCGGAAGCAUGGGGAGACCAGAAAAUGAGAAUUCUGUGCAAGUAGAUGAUAGAAAUUCUGGUACGUUAUGCCAGUCUUGUGGCAAAGUGCAAGAUACUACACCUUGUUUGAUCAGUCCAGCUGCUUCAUUGCAUAGCAGUAACAGCUCUAUCUCAUGUUACAGUGAUGCAAGCGCAGAUGGGAGGGUUUAUGUUGAUGAAUGUAGCACAGAUAGCAGUCAAGAGGAUUCCUGUUCUACCAUGCACACGGGAAGGGAUGCAGACAUGAGAAAUGGAAAUUGUGAACAAACCAAAUGUAGCAAAAUUGAAGGGGAUUACGAUGACGAAUCUGGAAUCUCUUCUAGUUAUGAACUGGAUCAGUUCUGGGUGCCCCCAGAACCAGAAUGUUGUGAUGAUGAUAUGGAAGGCAGUGUGGCUAAUUGCGAUGAUGAUGAAUGUGGUGAUGGCCUGAAUUGGGGCAAGCCAACUUCUUUAAUCAGCCCGGGGGAAGAAGGUUCUGGGAGCUACAAGUUUAAAGAGGAAAAGCAGAAGGCAUUGGAGGAAGUGAUGAAUGGGAAGCUUAAGGCCCUUGUUAAUGACCUUCUUAAGUCUUUUGGUGUUGCCUCAUCUGGGGGUGACAGUUGGGUUGAUAUAGUCACCUCCUUGUCUUGGGAGGCUGCUUCAUUUGUGAAGCCUGAUUCUGCUGAAGGAAAGGCUAUGGAUCCUAAUAAAUACGUGAAGAUAAAAUGCAUAAAAGCUGGUUCUCCCAGCCAAAGUCAAUUUAUCAGAGGCCUGGUCUUCAAGAAGCAUGCUGCCCAUAAACAUAUGCCAACUAAGUUUGAAAAACCUAGGCUGCUGUUGAUUGAGGGUGCACUUGGUCUCUCAAGUGAGUUGUCAUCAUUUGACUCAAUGCAAAAGGAGAAAGACAAUGUGGCGAAGUCUAUCACUGAAAUCCUAGAGAGGUACCAGCCAAAUGUAAUAUUGGUCGAGAAAACCGUUUCUCGUGACAUACAAGAGUCUUUUCUCAAGACAGGACGGACACUAGUCUUUGAUAUGAAAGAACAUCGGCUGGAGAGGGUUGCUCGUUGCACUAUUUCACCAACCUUAUCUUCCGAAAUCUUGUCUGGCCAUAAGCUCAGGCAGUGUGAUGCCUUUCAUUUUCAAAGGUUCGUGGAGGAACAUGACACUUCUGAUGAUGGUGGAAAAAGGCCUAGCAAAACACUGAUGUUCAUUGAGGGCUGUCCUACUCAUCUGGGAUGCACGAUUUUGUUAAUGGGAGCUAACGGUGAUGAACUAAAGAAGAUUAAGUAUGUGGUACGAUGUGCAGUGAUCAUGGCAUAUAAUUUAAUCCUCGAGACUUCUUUCCUCGUUGAUCAAAAAGCAAUGUUCUCCACUAUUCCUCUUAGCCAGGUUGUGAAUUCAACAGCUACUGAUGACACCCCAGCUGUUAGUGCUGAACGAGAAAUUCUUUCGACUGUUGAUGAGACAAAUUCGUCCGGUUCAAUUGACGUCCCAAUUUUCAAUGGCUUCCAUCAGGAAGUAAGGCAUAACCUAGAAUCACAAGGCGAUUCUCUGUUAAUUGAGCCAUAUAACCCAGUUGUUCUUUCUGGGUUGACAUCUCUCUCAGCCUCUCUGGAAAAAGUUAUGGGGGAUAACUUUCCUCUCUUGCCCACCUCUGGUCAAUCCAUGCCCUCAUCUUUCAGUGAUGAUGGAUCCAACGAUGAUGAUCAAGAACAGACUGAUACUCAAGUUCCUGACGCACCUGAUGUUGUUAAUCAAAGUGAUACAGAUCAGAAAGCCACUACCUGUGAUGACGAGAUGGCAUCCGAAAAAGAACAGUUGCAUACUCCAAUAAGGAGCUCACAUGUAUCUGAUAAAAAGCCUGAAGACCAAAGGAAUAUGGGGAAUGGUGUUACAUCUAUGGAUACUGAGAGUAUAUUGGUUCUGAUAUCAAGCCGCAAUGCGUCGACGGGGACUAUGUGUGCCCAUAGUCAUUUUUCUCGCAUAAAGUUCUAUCAAAACUUUGAUAUUCCUCUUGGAAAGUUUUUGCAGCAUAAUUUGCUAAGCCAGAAACUCCCAUGCAAGAGCUGUGAUGGAUCCCCUGAGGCUCACAUUUUCUAUUAUGCACAUUACAAUAAGCUGCUUGCAAUUCAAGUUCGUUCUCUUCCAAAGGACAAGGGGCUUCCAGGUGAAAGUGAAGGGAAGAUUUGGAUGUGGAGUCGUUGUGGUAGAUGCAAGUUCCAGAUUGGUAGCUCAAAAUCUACGAAAAGAGUUCUAGUAUCCACUGGUUCCCGUGGUUUUUCAUUUGGAAAAUUUUUGGAGCUCAGCUUCUCAAAUUCCUCUUUGUUUAAUAGACUGUCAGGCUGUGGUCAUUCUUUGCACAGGGAUUUCCUCUACUUCUUUGGGUUUGGGCAUAUGGUUGCUGUGUUUAAGUACUCAACUGUUACAACUUACUCCGUGUCUCUUCCUCCGGAGAAGCUGGAGUUUAGCAGUUCUGUCAAUGGAGAAUUUCUUACGAAGGAUUUUGAAGAUGUGUACAUGAAAGGGAUAAAGAUGUUUCUUGAUGUAGAAAAAGCUUUGAAGGCAAUAGAGUCUCGUUUUGUUGGGACUACUCUAAAUAUUCAAGGAUCAGUGAGGAGAUUUUCUGACAUUGAGAAAAUGUUGAAGGAAGAGAGAGCUCAAUUUGAGGUUGAUAUUCAAAAUGUCGUUACGGAUGGGAAUCCGGAUGUCGUCGUAUAUAAACUUCUAGGGUUGAAUAGAAUACGGCUGGAGCUUUUGCUUGAGUCCUGUGUGUGGGAUCGCCGUCUUCAUUCAUUACUAUCAUCUGAUUCUACCAUUGCCAAUCCCAAAACUAUUGACCACAGGGAACAACAAGAGGAAAGCAGUGUUAAAGGAGACACUAAAAUUUAUUCGGAAAGAGACGACAGAGUGUUGAAAGAUUGUCCGGAUCUUAAAAUCAAGCUAGUUGAAGACUCUUGUGGAGAUGAUAACAGUAUGACAGAACCUACUGUAGGAAGGACAGAGCCUACUGUAGGAAGUCGUGGUGAUGUUUCGGAUGCUGACUAUGAUCUGAAACCGGAUGUUGAGUCAUCUGCAAAAGCAAAUGGUUUUCCCAUUAAAGAAAGUUUUGUUGAUACACAUGAUUGUGGACAACAUGGUUCAUCAACUUUAUCUGCUUUCAAUGAUAGUGCCAAGACGACAACUGCAGCCAAAGUAAAUGGAAACAACUUAUCCCUUCAGGAUGCGACAGUGAAAUCUAGUCUCUCUGAUCACUGCCUUUUUGGUAAUGAAAGUAACUUACAGCUCAAUCUUCCUUCAUCGAUUCAAUUGGAGACAGAUAAAUUAAUUCCUGCUGGUGCUGAUGCUGGAGGUACCCAUGAUCCCAACCAUUGUCAAAGGAGUAGAUCUCUCUCCUCGAUAUUUUCUGACAUAGAGAAUGAUGAUGGAUGGUGGACUCCAUUCCCUGAAAUUUGGUGUCAAUACAUGGAGUAUCUCCAGAGAGGUCACCUGCCGAAAUUAGGAUCUAUCACAAACCACGAUGUAGAAUCUACUACUUAUAAACUUAUUACCGAUGAGGGUGCGAAGCUGCAUAUCCCCGUUGGAAGUGAUAAAUACAUUGUUUCAGAUUAUGAAGAUGAAUUUUCUAGCAUUAUUGCUUGUGCUUUGGCCUUGUUGAAGGAUUUUCCCAUUGUAUGUGAAGAUCUUGGAGAUGAUGGCAGAAAAGAGAGAGGAAUUGAUUCUAAGGCAUAUGAGAGUUCACAGGGCUUGAUGCGGAUAUUCUCUCUAGCUUCUCCACAUUUGUCUGCAACUGGUUCAUUGGAUUUAACAGCAUUUCACUCUUCGAACAUUUCAGAGGUAUCACGCUCACAAAGUUUAGAUGGGGUAGAUUUGCUAGAUUCAUCGGUCUCUUUCACGGCGAUUCACCCGGAAGUCUCCAUGGGUUUGGGUAAAUUGUCUGGAAAGUAUAAAUACUCAGUCCUCUGUCUCUACGCCAGCGAAUUUCGUCAUUUGCGAGAUCGAUGGUGCUCUUCAGAAGUUGAUUUUAUUGCUUCCUUGAGUAGGUGUAGGAGCUGGGAUGCAAAAGGUGGCAAAAGUAAUUCUUUGUUUGCCAAAACAGUUGAUGAUCGGUUUAUCAUCAAGGAAAUUAAGAGAGCAGAAUUUGACUCGUUCCUGAAGUUUGCUCCUAAGUAUUUUGAAUACAUGGACCAGUGCCAUGCGAAGAGGAAUCAAACCUGCCUUGCAAAAAUUCUUGGCAUUUAUCAGGUCAAUGUAAGGCCAAGAGGUGGCAAAGAGACAAGGCACGAUCUCAUGGUGAUGGAGAACCUUUCAUUUGGUAGAAAUACUACUCGGCAGUAUGAUCUGAAAGGCGCUUUGCAUGCUCGAUUCAGUGAAGCUGGCAAUGGCGCGGGAGACGUUCUUCUGGACCAAAACUUUGUGAAUGACAUGAAUGUUUCUCCUUUAUAUGUUGGUACAAGAUCAAAGAGGGCUUUGCAACGGGCUGUAUGGAAUGACUGUACUUUCCUCAAGUCAAUCAAUGUGAUGGACUAUUCUCUACUUGUGGGAGUGGAUAGCCAACGACGUGAACUUGUUUGUGGCAUCAUCGACUAUCUCAGGCAAUAUACAUGGGACAAGCAGCUUGAGAAUUGGGUCAAAUCUUCACUCGUGGUUCCGAAGAAUCAGCUUCCUACUAUUGUCUCUCCGAAAGAGUAUUAUAAGAGAUUUAGGAAGUUCAUUGACACACAUUUCUUAAGUGUUCCAGAUAACUGGUGCUCCCAAAAAUCUUCAAAUCCUUGUGAACUUCACCGCACAUUAAGCAGUAUUGCUUCACCACAGUCGGAGUCUGAUGGUGAUUCUGAUCAACCUAAGUGCACUGGUGAAGGGGAACAUGAAGAUGUCUGAUGCUAACCCUACUGCUCAAGGGACACAAAAUGGUUUUGCCACCUCAGUUCUGUUCCUUAUCAAGUGGUUCUGGUCACCGGUUGAGUCAUUAAUUUCUGUACAUAGUUUGUCGCCCGAGCACCUAGUUAUAUGCCCCCUGAUGGUAUCAAAAAAAAUAAAAUAUAUGCCCCCUCUUAUUUCUGCGAUUAUUUUUAGCAAAUUUAUGAGGAUGGUUAAUUCUUUAUGUUCAUUUCUAGCUUGCAGUAUAUAUCGAAGUUUUUGGAAGUCUAUGACUCAUUGUAAAAAGCCCUUUAGUCGCUUGAGUAUUAUUAGUGAUCAAGGGGGUAAAAAGAUAGCUGUUGAAGCUGCUUAUGGUUUAUAUAUACUUUUUGGAUGUAAGACGAUAUUCCUAUUAAUCGAUUGUUGAGUUUUUGGUUUGAGUUCUU